UGUCUCGUUGUGAUGUGCCUCCAUCUUUCUCUCUCUCACUCCAGCUCUCCAAAUGCAAUGAAUAUUCGCGAGCCCCACCCUUUAUCAGCGAGACACGCCUGCUUUAAAAAAAUGUACUAUCAAGACAGUCUCUCCUUUUUGCAAGGUUAUCCUAGCCCAGACAACACUUGGGAGCUGGUAGAAAAGAUUGGUGAAGGGAAUUAUGGUGUUGUAUUCAAAGGUAGAAAUAGAAAGACUGGCAAAAUUGGAGCAGUCAAAAUUAUGGAUGCUGUCUUGGAAAAGGAAGAAGACAUACAGGCCGAGAUUAAUGUGUUCCAGAAAUAUUCCUCGCACGAGAACAUUGUGGACUGCUAUGGGCUUUACCUGAAGAGACAAGAAAACAGCACAGAACAGCUUUGGAUUGUAAUGGAACAUUGUGCAGGGGGCUCAGUUACUGACUUAGUUAAGAAGAUUAAGGAUAAAGGUGACACACUGUCUGAGGACAUCAUUGCAUACAUACUCCAUGAAGUACUAGCUGGGCUUGUCUAUCUCCACAAUAACAACAUCAUGCAUCGUGAUAUCAAGGGACAGAAUGUACUAAUGACAUACGAUGGAAGGAUACGUCUCAUUGACUUUGGUAUUGCAGCUGCUGUGUCUCAUGCUUAUGGUCGCCGAAGGACUGCAAUCGGUACGCCAUAUUGGAUGGCACCUGAAGUGAUUGCAUGUGAACAUCAACUGGACUAUGACUAUGAUGUCAGAGCAGACGUGUGGUCGCUUGGUAUCACUGCCAUUGAAAUGGUUGAUGGUGUGCCUCCACUGUUUGGAGAGAAUCCUAUUAGAGCUCUUUAUAAGAUACCAAAGAACCCACCUCCCAAGCUUCAGAAUCCUACCAAAUGGUCAAUAUAUCUGAAUCAGUUCAUAGCCAAGUGCUUGGUAAAGGACUUUGAACGUAGGCCAACCUCAGGACAGCUAACAAUGCAUGAGCUGAUUGUAUCUGUACCUAAAGACUGUAGAAUGAUCCGAAGGAAAUUAAUGGCCAUUAUUGAUACUUACAUAUCACCUGGUGACGUUUCUGAAGGUCAUAUUUCUGAUAGUUCAUCACCUUCAUCAAAGGUAUCAACUGGAUUAGACACUGCCCAGAGGAAAUUGCUCGGUUUAAGAACUGUGGAAUUAGUUAGUGAUUUAGCAACACUUGAAUACAUUGAUGAGGAAGUGAUAGUUGGCCAAUUGAUGAAGCGCUAUUGCAAAGAUCUUAUAUAUACUUAUGUUGGUGAUGUUCUUGUAUCUAUCAAUCCAUUUCAAAAUCUACCUGAUAUUUAUAAUCCUAAGAUAUCUGCUCAGUAUCAAGGAGUCACUAGAGCUUCUAAGAGUCAGAUGUCACCACACAUAUAUGCAGUUGCUGGUGCUGCCUAUGAAGAAAUGAUCAGAGAAAGCAAAGAUCAAUGUUGUGUGAUAUCGGGAGAAAGUGGAGCUGGUAAAACUGAAGCAUCAAAUAUCCUUGUACAGCAACUAACACAAAUUGGGAAGGCAAAAACCAGAUCCCUGGGUGAUAAGAUAGUUUCAUUAAAUCCUUUACUGGAGUCGUUUGGAAAUGCCAAAACUGUCAUUAACAAUAAUUCUUCAAGAUUUGGAAAGUAUUUGGAAAUUAAUUUCUCUCGAACAGGACAGGUGAUUGGAGCUCGCCUCUCAGAGUACCUGCUGGAGAAGUCCCGUGUGAUAUCACAAGCUGGGAAAGAAAGAAAUUUUCACAUAUUUUACUACUUAAUAGCGGGAAUGAGGGAAAGAAAAUUAUCAAAAAGAUACAAGUUGAAGCAUGGGCAGCAAUUCAGGUAUCUUCAUCAGAUUGGUACUGGUAAAGCAACUGGGAAACAGAAUCAAGGAUUUGUCGAAAAAUUCAACGAAGUAGAAGCAGCUUUUGAGCUAUUUGGCUUCUCAAAAAAGGAUUUUGAACAAGUCUGUUGCAUUCUUUCUGGCAUUUUAAAUAUUGGUGAUAUUCACAUUGAAGAAGACACAAAGUCUCCAUUCCAUUUAGAGGAAGUCAGCUGCAUUACCAAUAAACAGACACUAAAUGAUGUCUGUGAACUUCUGGGAAUUUCCCCUGCCAUAUUGGAAAAGGUCAUAACUCAUUCUAGCGUGAUGGCACAUGGAGAGACAAUAUUGAGACCCAAUACUGUAGAAACAGCUAUGGACUUUCGUGAUGCAAUGGCCAAAUCAUUAUAUGGCCGUCUUUUCUCUUGGCUGGUCAAUAGGAUCAAUCCUACCCUUUGUCCUUCCAACGACAAAAACCUCAGUAUUGGGAUUUUAGAUAUUUUUGGAUUCGAGAACUUUCGAGUCAACUCGUUUGAGCAGCUGUGCAUUAACAUCACCAAUGAGCAGCUCCAGUUUUAUUUCAAUCAGCAUGUGUUUGCCUGGGAACAGGAAGAAUAUGAUAGAGAAGGCAUUGAUGGAACUCAUAUUGCAUAUACUGAUAACAGACCACUCCUUGAUCUGCUGUUAAACAGACCCAUGGGACUCCUAGCUUUGUUGGACGAAGAAUGCAAGUUCCCACGAGCUACAGAUUUAUCGCUGGCUUUGAAACUGCAUCAGAAUUUAAAGCACUCACCUCACUACAUAAAACCAAAAGAUAAUGGCCCUACAUUCAUGAUAGAGCAUUAUGCUGGAACUGUAUUGUACACAACACAAGGCUUCUUGGAGAAGAAUAGGGAUACCCUUAAACCUGAGGUGGCUAGUAUGCUGAAAGAAUCAACAAAUUCCAUUGUCCAGCAAUUGUUUACAUCAACUUUAUCAAAAACAGGAAACCUCCCGGAUUCCUCUUUAUCCAAAAUUCCAUUCUCAGCCACUCCUUUGUUUAAUCGCCGGAGACCAACUCACUUCCAACCCAGUGGUGGUAGUCACACUCCUUUAUCAAGUAUCUCUGUUGCAACUAAACAUUCACAGACAGUUGGGACUUACUUUUUUUAUUCAUUGCGAGAGCUAAUGGCAAAGAUGUUGCAAGGGACUCCUCAUUUCGUUAGAUGCAUACGACCAAAUGAUUUGAAGGCUCCACGUGAGUUUCAACCCGAGCGUGUUGUUGAGCAGCUCCGUCACACUGGAAUACUGGAAACUACUCGAAUCAGACGAGAAGGCUACUCACACCGGAUAUUUUUUGAAGAUUUUUUGCAAAGGUAUCGUAUCAUUAGCUACAAACUCAGUCAAUAUGUGACCCCAACGCCAAUCAAUUGUGUCCAAGUAUUGAUGCAGGCAGGACUAGAGAAAUGGGCCAUUGGAAAAACAAAAGUGUUUUUGAAAUAUUAUCACAUUGAGCGACUCUCCCAUCUCCUCAGCAACUAUCAUUGUUUAGCCACUAGGAUUCAACGGGUAGCCAGAGGCUGGCUGGCUCGAAAAGAAGCAGAUAAAAGAAGAAAAGAGAAAGCUAUUGUUAAACUUCAGUCAUUUAUUCGAGGAUUUCUUGUCAGAAAGUCAUUUAAAAGACUCGUAGACCAGAGACAUAAAGCAGUUGUUCUGAUACAGAAAGGUUUCAGAGGUCAUCUCUGUAGACACAAGUAUCAAAAGCUCCUUAAGGAAAGGAGAGCUGCUACUAUUAUACAAUCAAGUUUUAGAAUGUGGAUUUGCAAAAAGCAGCUUUUAAAGCUUAAAUUAGAGAUACAGAAAGCCAUAGUGAUACAAAGAAACGUUAGAAAAUGGCUUGUUUACAAGCAUGAGAAGGCUAGACAGAAAUCAGCAAGAAUUAUUCAAUUAGCUUUCAGACAACACUUGGACAAGAAAAGGCAAAGAAUGAAGCUCAAGGAAAGAAAGCAUUUGUCAGAAAUGGGUGGAAAUUCCCUCCGUUGUAAACUUGAGCAGCACCUGGCUUUAGAAAUAGAGAAGCAUGUGAAUGAGGAGCCACUCAAUAAGCUCCAGCCUGAAUCAACACAGCAAGAGCAAAGUAAUGACAUGAAAGAUGAUGAGAUUCUGAAACAAAAAGAAGAUGAAAGGAAAGAAUUACUGCCUGGAGAUGAGGAGAAGCCAGAUGAGCAAGUAGCAGAAACUAUUGUGGACUACAGAGUAGAGGAAGAGAGUUCAAUCAAAGCCAGUUUGCAAAAAAAAGAUGAAGAGCAAGUUAUUGUUAUGGAUGAAGUAAGCAUAACGCAAGGCAGUAUUUAUUAGGUUGUGUAUGGCUCCACCUUUGUUGUAUUAAAUAUACUAAAUCUGUUUACACUAAGUGAAUCAUUCCUAUAGAUAUAUUGAUUACAAUAACAACUUUGUGUUGCUCUUUUGAACAACUUAUCAACUCUUGUGAUUCGUUUCUG